AAUCAUAAAACAAAAAUACAAAGAAAAGAACAUAUAGGCUGUUCACGCUGUACCCACGAAGCUUUGUCUCUGUUCAAAAAGUUAAUUACGAAUGGAUUGCGUGAAAACCUCAUGCGAAUCGUCUUCUCGGUCUCCUCCUCUUUCCUUGAAGAUUAAGCUUUGUUUUCUGGGAGUCAACUUUUUAUGAAUUUGAAGCCGUUUUAUUGGAAAGUUUGUUCCUUGGAAAAGAACAGAGCGAUCCAAGAUAGAGUCCUGACGGUUUUGAGCAGGUUCAUGUAGAAAGUUGGAUAUUAUAGUGUUGAUUAAAAUCUCUAGUUGUCAAAGGUUGGAUAUUUCUGGCAUUGAUAUAUUAUUAAUUGCAGUCAGUAAGAUAUUGAUGGGGGCAUUCUUAAGUCUAAAUAGUUCCAGGGCUGGAAUGAGUGAGCCCUUAGAGGUUUCACAAAAUGAAACAUGCAAGAGGCAGAAGUUAUCAUCAUGUUUUUGUGAGGAGAACCCAAGAUUGAUUCCCAGCCUUCCUGAUGAGAUAUCCUAUCAGAUUCUGGCCAGAAUUCCAAGGAUUAAUUACUUGAAUGUGAGGCUAGUGUCUCGAGCCUGGAAAGCUGCCAUCAUGAGUACUGAAUUAUUCAAUAUAAGGAAGGAACUUGGAACAAUAGAGGAAUGGCUCUAUAUAUUGACUAAGGUUGAACGUGACAAGCUUUUGUGGUAUGCUUUGGACCCUUUGUCAAGAAGAUGGCAGAGGUUGCCUCCAAUGCCCAAUGUUGCUUUUGAAGAUGAAUCCAGGAAAGGUUUAGCUAGCUUUCGGUGGAAUGUGGUCGGCUCGAGCAUAAAAAUUGCAGAUGUCAUAAGGGGUUGGCUUGGGAAGAAGGAUGCAUUGGACAGAAUGCCAUUCUGUGGUUGUGCCAUUGGUGCUGUUGACGGGUGUCUCUACGUGAUAGGAGGAUUCUCUAGAGCUUCAGCCCUGAGAUGCGUUUGGCAGUAUAAUCCGGUUCUAAAUUCGUGGAGUGAAGUAAGUUCAAUGUCAACUGGUAGAGCCUAUUGUAAGACUGGCAUCAUAAAUGAUAAACUAUAUGUUGUUGGAGGAGUCACUGGGGGUCGCGGUGGAUUAACUCCUCUUCAGUCUGCUGAAGUAUUUGAUCCUCAUACUGGUAUAUGGUCCCAAAUACCAAGCAUGCCAUUUUCAAAAGCUCAGGUUCUACCUACUGCCUUUCUGGCUGAUCUACUCAAACCCAUUGCCACAGGAAUGACAUCAUAUAGGGGAAGGUUAUUUGUGCCUCAGAGUUUAUAUUGCUGGCCAUUUUUUGUCGACAUUGGAGGUGAGGUAUAUGAUCCAGAGGUAAAUUCAUGGGUUGAAAUGCCAGUGGGCAUGGGUGAUGGUUGGCCUGCAAGACAGGCAGGAAGCAAAUUGAGUGUCACUGUGGAUGGUGAGUUGUAUGCACUCGAUCCAUCCAGCUCUCUUGCAGGUGCUAGGAUCAAGGUGUAUGAUUACCAAGAUGAUGCUUGGAAAGUUGUAGUAGAAGAGGUCCCCAUUCCUGACUUUACUGAUUUAGAGUCUCCCUAUUUGCUUGCUGGUUUACUAGGAAAGCUUCAUGUGAUUAUUAAGGAUGCCAACAACAAUAUCUCAAUCCGGCAGACUGCUGUGCAAAACCAUCUUACGUCCCUACCAUCAGCUACAUCAUCUCCAUCAGACAAGUCCUCUGGUGUGCAUGCUGAGUCUGCAGAAUCUGCAACAGCAUUUGAAACAGAUCUUUGGAGGGUUAUUGCCACAAGGAUGGUUGGAUCAUCUGAACUAGUAAGUUGUCAGACCCUAAAUAUCUAGUGCCAUCAUCAGGGUGCUUAGAGAUCCGAGUUGGCAUUAACUUUCCAAAUAUUGGUUGAUGUAUUAUUGUGUUUCUGUUGCCCUUAUGUGUUUUACCCGAAAGAUUGAUUUUGCAAGUGGCAUGAUGAAAUUAUGAUUUAUAUAAGUUGUAACCUCUCUCUCAUACCCUUGUAUAAAGUAAAGAAAUUAAAUUCUCUUAAGCUGGAAAGCAGGAUAGGUCAAAUUAUCUUCGUCUUUGUGUUAUUACUAGAUUUCAUGAAUUGCUUCUUUUCUAAUUUCCAGUGACGGUACAGUAUCUCCAUGUGAUCAUUGCUUCUUUUCAUGAAUUGCUGCAUGUUUAGCCACUUUUGGGAGUUCGAAAUUGUGCAUGCGCCUGUAUUUAAGCUCAGUUUAUGCAACACAUUGAAAAAAAAAAAAAACCAGAUCAUGAAUA